AUGAAAAAAAAAUCGAGUAUGCCUAAUAUCACAGCCUUAACUGGAUUCAUUCUGAUGGGGUUCUCUGACGCCCAGGAGCUACAGACUUUAUGUGGAGUAUUCUUCCUUGGGAUGUACAUGGAAUCCCUAAUGAGUAACCUCAUCAUCAUCACUCUAAUCACCCUUGACCUGCAGCUCCAAACACCCAUGUACUUCUUCCUGAAGAAUUUAUCCCUGUUGGAUGUCUUUUUUGUUUCUGUUCCAAUCCCAAAUUUUAUUGUUAAUAGCCUAAUUCAUAAUAAUUCUAUUUCCAUUCUGGCUUGUGCCUUUCAGGUAUUUUUAAUGACUUCUUUCUCAUCAGGAGAAGUAUUUGUCCUGACCGCCAUGUCUUAUGACCGCUAUGUUGCCAUUUGUUUUCCCCUGAACUAUGAUGCCAUCAUGAAUAAUCACACAUGUGGGCUGAUGGUGGGUAUUUCUUGGGCCACUGGAAUACUCUUUGGAGCCAUCUACACAGCUGGUACAUUUUCCAUGCCUUUCUGUGGCUCCAAUGUGAUCCCACAGUUUUUCUGUGAUAUUCCCUCAUUGCUAAGGAUUUCCUGCUCUGAAACGCUUGUGGUCAUUUACACAAGCCUUGGAGUUGGUGUUUGCCUGGGUGUGUCUUGUUUCAUCUGUGUUGUGAUUUCUUACUUUUACAUUUUCUCCACUGUGCUGAAGAUUCCUACCACUAAAGGUCAGUCCAAAGCAUUUGCAACCUGCAUCCCUCACCUCACUGUUUUCACUGUUUUUCUUGUUACUGCUUGCUUUGUCUAUUUGAAGCCAUUCUCAAAUACACCAUCAAUUUCAGACAGGCUAUUUUCUGUGCUAUAUACUGUGUUGCCUCCCGCACUUAAUCCUGUGAUCUACAGUCUGAGGAACACUGAUGUAAAAAGUGCUCUGAGGAGGUUGCAGCAAAAUCUUCGCUUGAGAAGGUUACUCAUUUAAAACUCCAAAGCAUUAGAGAAUUGUAUGCUAUAUAGGUUACA